GAGGAGGAGGAGGAGGGAGGGGGGCGGGAGAGAUUAGUUUGGGAAGUAGCACGGAUUGCUCAUCCGAUCCGUGCAGCCGCAGGGAGUGUGUCAAGUUACAGAGGCGCCGGAAUCGGCCCCAGCGCUCCUCGCCAGCCGCCACUACCCACCUCUGCCCAUGGGGCCCUCCAUGUGCGCCCCUUCGCCCGGGGACUGAAACUGGCUGGCCCGGGAGACACGAGGUGCCCAGGAGGACUGACAGCGCGGCACCAACUGCUCUGCAGACUCUUGAAGGGAAAGACUGGGCGGAGAGAAGGAGAGCCGGUCAGAUUCCCCUAACUUUCCUGGACUUGGAACGUUCUUCGAAAUAACUUUUUUUCUCACCUAGGUGUACCCCAAUUACCGCUGGUUGUGCUUUUUCGGCCCUUCCCCUCCUACUGCUAAUUUUUCCGUCCUCUUUGCCGGGAGCAACGGAAAGGGACGUUUUCCAGCGAUACAAGCCCUUUCCCCCUUGCCCCGCAGUUUGGAUACAGCCUUUUGGCAGCAGCUGUCGCCUUUAUUUAUUCUAUUUAUUUAUUUAUUGGUUCUCAAGACGUGAGAGGAUGGUAGCGGAGAGCACCCACAAAGCGGCAGCCACUGGUGCCUGCGGCCCUAGGGAGUUGGGCGCGCCCGGGACGGUGGCUCUGGCGGCGGCGCGGGCGGAGCGCGGCGCACGGCUGCCGAGUCCAGGGUCGUGCGGGCUGCUGGCGCUGGCCCUCUGCUCGCUGGCACUCAGCCUGCUCGCCCACUUUCGGACGGCGGAGCUGCAGGCCCGGGUGCUGCGCCUGGAAGCGGAGCGCGGGGAGCAGCAAAUGGAGACGGCUAUUUUGGGACGAGUGAACCAACUGCUGGACGAGAAAUGGAAGCUCCACUCAAGGAGGCGCCGGGAGGCCCCAAAGACAUCUCCAGGAUGUAACUGCCCGCCAGGACCUCCUGGUCCCACUGGAAGACCUGGACUCCCAGGGGACAAAGGUGCCAUUGGGAUGCCUGGACGUGUGGGAGUAAAGGGCCAACCAGGAGAGAAGGGGUCCCCCGGAGAUGCUGGGCUGUCCAUCAUCGGCCCCCGAGGCCCCCCUGGUCAACCAGGCACUCGAGGUUUUCCUGGAUUUCCGGGUCCCAUUGGGCUGGAUGGCAAACCGGGCCACCCAGGACCAAAGGGCGACAUGGGUCUGACGGGUCCCCCAGGACAGCCGGGACCUCAGGGACAAAAAGGAGAAAAGGGUCAGUGUGGAGAGUACCCACACCGGCUGCUGCCUCUCCUCAAUUCAGUGCGACUGGCUCCACCCCCGGUCAUAAAAAGGCGGACAUUCCAGGGUGAACAGAGCCAAGCCAGCAUCCAAGGUCCACCAGGGCCCCCAGGCCCCCCUGGACCAAGUGGACCUCUGGGGCACCCAGGACUGCCAGGACCCAUGGGGCCACCCGGCUUACCUGGGCCUCCUGGACCAAAGGGAGACCCAGGGAUCCAGGGCUACCACGGCCGGAAGGGAGAACGGGGCAUGCCAGGGAUGCCCGGCAAGCAUGGAGCCAAGGGCACUCCUGGAAUUGCCGUGGCUGGGAUGAAGGGCGAGCCAGGGAUCCCAGGAACCAAGGGUGAGAAGGGGGCUGAAGGCUCCCCUGGGCUUCCUGGCCUCCUGGGGCAGAAGGGAGAGAAAGGUGAUGCUGGCAACUCCAUUGGAGGAGGCAGAGGGGAACCUGGCCCUCCAGGGCUCCCUGGACCCCCAGGGCCAAAGGGAGAAGCGGGUGUCGAUGGCCAGGUCGGCCCCCCAGGGCGGCAAGGAGACAAGGGGGAGCCUGGAGCAGCUGGAGAACAGGGACCAGCUGGCCCCAAGGGCUCCAAGGGAGAACCAGGGAAAGGAGAGAUGGUGGAUUACAAUGGAAACAUCAAUGAGGCUCUCCAGGAGAUCCGAACACUGGCCUUGAUGGGGCCUCCUGGUCUUCCUGGGCAAAUUGGCCCACCUGGAGCUCCAGGGAUUCCAGGCCAGAAGGGGGAGAUUGGACUGCCAGGCCCUCCAGGACACGAUGGGGAGAAGGGACCUCGCGGUAAACCAGGAGACAUGGGCCCUCCUGGUCCCCAAGGCCCCCCAGGAAAGGAUGGACCUCCAGGAAUGAAAGGAGAAAACGGGCACCCAGGGAGCCCAGGAGAAAAGGGAGAGAAAGGAGAGACAGGACAAGCAGGCUCGCCGGGAGAGAAAGGAGAAGCCGGGGAGAAGGGCGAUCCAGGAGCAGAGGGGCUCCAAGGUGUUCCUGGACCAAAGGGGGAAGCAGGACUAGAUGGAGCAAAAGGAGAGAAAGGCGUCCAGGGAGAAAAAGGAGACCGUGGUCCCCUGGGACUACCCGGAGCUUCAGGUUUGGACGGCAGGCCUGGGCCACCGGGUACUCCAGGACCAAUUGGAGUUCCAGGCCCAGCAGGACCAAAGGGCGAGAGGGGCAGCAAAGGAGACCCUGGGAUGACAGGACCAACGGGAGCAGCUGGGCUUCCUGGUUUACAUGGACCACCCGGGGACAAGGGAAACCGGGUUUGCAAGUUGGAAACAAAGAAGGCAAAUAAACUAAGAUGAGAACCAAAUGUCUACACUGAUGCUACCAAAAUCUGUUCAUUUGACCAGUGAAAUUCUGCCCACUGUUGGAGUUGCUUUAUAACCACAGCUGCAAGUAAUUCUGGCUAAAUCCCUUGCCUUUGAAUCCUUUUCCUUUGAAGAUGCAGAGCAAUUGAUGUGUGGAAGUGAAGAAACCACUAGGAAAGGGAUUUUCAGGGAAGGCCUCAGUUCUUAGCUCCAGGAUGGCUUUGGAAGCCAGUGUAGCAUUUGUGAGCCACGGAUUUGCCUUCUUCGUUUCAUGGCCAUCUCUGUGGGCCAGUAGUUCAAGCUGUCUGAAUCCUCACUUGGUCAGGAUGCAGGACACCAGAGUUAGCGUCUCCUCAGGGCCACUGAUGUCAAAACUGGGCAGAACAAAGCCAGAUGAGGGGCUUCUAAUGCACAAGCUACCAACACUCACCAGCCAUCCAGCUAAAACCUUUAAAGCUGCAGACCAGAGUCGGUAGUCAGACACCCCAUGGGAAGCCUUCUCAAAACAGCCAACAAUUAAUGAUGAGGCACAUCUGCUGGGUUUCUCAAGUGCCUUUCAAUCCAUUUGAAGGUUCUAAAAAAUUAUGAUGCACUAAAGUUGAAGUUUGUCUGUGUUUACACUAAGUGAGUCCAUAAAGAGAGUGGGAUCAAUGGAGAGGGGGCAGGUUGUACGUGUGCAAAGCUGAACUCUCCAGAGCACAAAGAGAGCACAAAAGCUGGAUUUGGGAGGUGGGGGAUCUCCUGGGAUUUAGCCGCUGUUUGUAGAUGCCUCAAGGGUCCUGCAUCCUGGCCAGGGUAGGACUGGGCCUCUCCACUCCAUGGUUGGAGCGGACCAGCCUAGACCUGAAUAAUCAUCGUGGUUGGUUUUGUGAACAGGGACACCGAGGUUUUAAAGGAGAGAAAGGGGAGCCGGGGUUACCAGGGCUGGACGGACUGGAUGCCCCAUGCCCGUUGGUAUGGCAUUGCCCUUGCUUGCCUGCAUGGCCGAUUUGGGCUUCCCCACGUGUGUGAUUCAUACUGCGUGCCUCCCCAGCCACCCUCCACACUCCUCCUCCAUCCCCUCCAGUAUCCACUUCUCGCUUCUUCACUCUGUAAAUGCCCAGGGUCACCCCGCCUUGGCUAGUACUCUGGGGUCUCCCAGCCAUGCCACCCUUUUGCAUGCCAAGUUUACCAGGAUGUUUCCUGGCUUCCUGCUGCAGCUACUUCUAAAGCACAUCCACCUGAUGCGAGCCAGACCUCCUACCCUGAAGUUGGCUUUGCUGCCUCUGAUACUCAUCUCCAAGCUGAUUCUAGAAACUGCCACCAGAGACCAGCUAGGAAAGUGGAUUCUCUGGGACUGGUUCUCAGAACCAUGACUUACUUCUUUUCCUUCAGGCAGUGCAGUUAGUUCAGAACGCACGGGCUGAACACGUAGCAAAACAUGUGAAUGAGAUGCCUGAGUCAGCCCUGUGUCCCCUGCCCCCUCCAUCGCAUGAUUUGGGGGACAGAAUGGCAUGAUUACAGCAUAGAUUGAGAAGCGCUAGAAGUGAGGUGGAGGAGGGGCCACCUGCCUGUUCUUCCAGGUUGCGUCGUGUGUCACUGCCCAGGUGACAUCAUCAGAACUAGGGGAUGGUCCAGGAUUAGGUUUUUGGAUCCUAAAGGGUUUGUCCUUUUUGCUUAAAUCUCCAAAGACAUUACCAGACCCUUCCUUGUCCCUUUCUUUCAUGGUCGGAUGGCUUACUGAAGAGUCUGGGAGAGAUGGAAAGGUCGAGAGUGCAGUUAAGGAGGAGGCAGGGAGACAGCUAAGGGCUCGUCUUCCAAGCACGUCCCAGGCGAAGUGGUAACAGUUUAUUCCUGCCUGCCUGGUCCCUCUCUAGGCAUGGACAGUCUAGGCCUCCAUCCUCUCACUGCAAAAGAAGCUGAAGGGAACACUUCACUCCAAGGCUCAAGGGGUUACUGCUCUCCCCAAAUUUCCCCAAUAGGUUUGGAGUUCAAGAGCUAUUCUAUUAUACCAGUAAUAAGAGAAUUUGGGGCCUCACAUCCCUGCCCUGGGGUCACGCAGGAAUUCUCUUUGAACAAAAGAGGAAAAGAUAUAAGAAAUUAUGCUGUGUGACCCUGACAGGGGGCUGUAGAGCCCCUUGAAGGGCAGUAGGGACUUUUUAGGAGGAGCAUAGGCAACAGAAGGAGAGUGCAGAGCAAGCAGGCGGUAGCAUGCUUCCUGUCCCUGCUGGUCCUGCCAAACCCCGCUCUUGCAGCCUGCACAGCCACCUUUCUCAAUCGGGACCUUCCACCAUCCACACAACAAUGGGAAUGCUGCUCUGGCCCACAGAGGCUCCCUUGAGCACCGGCCAGGUCUUCCCUCGGCCACAAUCCCCCCCCCCGCCCCCCGCAAUCUGGGCACCUUUAGUUCUGCCAGCAGCUGCCUUGGCCUCUCUGUUUCUCACCAUACAUUACUUUUCAUUCUCUGCCUGCCCUGCCCUCCAUACCCCGCUGCCACCAUCCACACACCAAUGGGAAUGCCGCUCUGGCCCGCAGAGGCUCCUCUCCCUCCCAGCAUCCACAUGAUGUGUGUCAUAUCGCACUGUGGCAGGCUGGGGAAGGGCACAGGGUCACCCUGAAACUGUGGAAUGCACCACCUCCCCUUGCAAUCCCCUCCCCAACCCAGAGGGGAAAAAUGAAGGUCACCCUGAUUAUACAUCCCAUAUCAAUGUGUCAUUUUUCUAUUAAGUUUACUGGGGAAGUGUCUUCCCCUUGUUGUUUCUCACUCUGCCUCCUCCUCUGUGUUAUGAUGGACUUGGGGGGCAGCGGUAGCUACUACUCAUGACUUUUACUACAAGAUAACCAGACUUCCUAGGCCCUCCAUAUUGGGACCAAUCCCUGCCCAAUGCCAGGUGAUGAGAGGUUUCAGCCCCUGGCGUGGGUGGAUGUCAUUAGACCGGGACAGCAGAGGACUCUCAUUCCACAAGCAGCCUCAGGACUGAGCACUUGCUCUGGUCUCCUGAAGCCCCGUGUCCAUCUCCUUGUCUGCCCUGCCUGUCUAGCAGACUUGGGCUGAAAACUAGAUCUUCGCCCUUGGCCCAGCCUCGCCUUCCCCACCUGGUCUCUAGAUUUCUAGAUUCCCCACAGGGUAUGCCAGCAAGGAGAGGAGAUGAGGGCCCAAGAAAACUCAGGAAGGUUUGUAUCACCAAGGGCAGAACACGAACAUCUUGAGGCUAAAGGGGCUGCAUGGUUGCUACCAACAAAGGAGACUGACAGUGUGCAGUUGAUUCCCAUGUUGCUACUGCACUUCACCCCCAAA